UGUCUUUAAUUUUUUUUUUCUUCUCGCUAACUUGCAAGAAGCAGACAUUAAUGAUUCUCCCCCGCAUCUUUUUCUGUUUCCUACAAAUUUUCAGCACCAUCCCCAUAUCCAGUACAAACACUUUUACUCGAGACUUCUGCCCCUUAUUUUGUUCCGGGAAAGUGCCUUUUACCCUUCUGGAUUUUUUCAAUCUUUUGGCUCUCUAGCCUACACUACAAAACCCUGCCAAAACAAAGAAAUUUCGGAUACGUUUGUGGAUUAAAACUGUAGAGAUUUAGCACUGCCAAGUGCCAAUUCUUGGAACCCAGUUUUUUACUUUUCUGGGCUGGGUCAUAUGAUUAAGGUAUUGUUUUGAUAACUCUACCAGGUUGGUGUCUUUUUUUCUUUUUGUUUGUUCUUUAUUUUUUGGUACCGGAAGCUCAGACCUUACAAAUCUGCAUCUCAAAACGGUGCGAGAUCUUUUCAGAUUUGGUGUUCUACGAUAAAUCCCAUUUUUCGUAACGGAACUUCAUGUGGGUCUAAAGUAUAAUCCCGGUUUGCCUUCUCUGCAAGACAUCAAAGUCCAUACAUUUGAUACCUUUUCCCGAAAUGGGGAUUGAGGAAAACGUGUUGUGAGAAAAUAUUGAAGAUGUCAAGAUUAUAAAAGUUUCUGCAAGAUAUUCGUGUUCACAUCUAAAGUCUUCGAGAUUUCUACAUCUGGGCUUUCAGUGUAAUGCAAACUGAAGGCCCCAAACAAACAUGGCCAAUCUUGUUCCUGGUGUCCUCCUCAAGCUUCUGCAGCACAUGAACACAGACAUAAAGGUUGCUGGAGAGCACAGGUCAUCACUUUUGCAAGUUGUGAGCAUUGUUCCAGCGCUUGCCGGCGGUGAGUUAUUCUCAAACCAAGGCUUCUAUCUCAAGGUCUCUGAUUCCUCUCAUGCCACCUAUGUAUCUCUCCCUGAUGAACAUGAUGAUCUGAUUCUUAGUGAUAAGAUCCAAUUGGGUCAGUUUAUUCAUAUUGAGCGCCUCGAAGCAGCCUCACCGGUCCCGAUUCUGCGUGGGGUUAGGCCCGUCCCAGGGCGCCACCCCUGUGUGGGAAGCCCUGAAGAUAUUGUUGCUACACACUCAUUGGGAUUUCUGAAUAAUAAUUCUUCUUCAGGCUUGAAAUCUGGGGAAAAAGUGAAAUCACCUAAGAAAGUCUCAGGGAAUAAUCAUGUUUGGGAAAAGGAAAAAGUUAAAGAGGAACAGCAAUUGGAUAAGAAAAUGAGAUCUUUUACGAGAUCGAACUCACAACCGUCGAAACCGGCUUUGAGUUUGGAUGUAAAGAAGGAGUCUUUGGGGAGACUGAAAUCGUUAAAUUCACGGUCUAUUCCUUCUUCUCCGACGAGCUGUUAUUCGUUGCCGACUUCUUUUGAGAAGUUUGCUAAUGGGGUCAAGCAGCAGGCAGAAAUUAAGGGGGGAAGGAAGGCGGCAGCCAAGUUGGGAGUGUUAGAGAAGGUGAAUGCCGUUUGCACUAGUCCCCUUCCCUCAGGGAAGAAGAUAGCCAUGGGAAAUCCAAUUAAAAGUUUUGUUCAAGGGAUUGAGCUGGGGGCCAAGGCUCUGAGGAAGAGCUGGGAAGGCAAUUUGGAGGUGAAGAGUAGAGAGAGUUCAAAAUUAAGGGCCACCAAACAUGAUCUGACGCCUGAAGUACGGAGUUCUACUCCUAGAGUAAGUACGUCAUCAAGGAUAACUACAUCAUCAAGAUUAAGCACAUCAAGUGACAGGUUGCCAUCCAAAGAGGAGAACGUGGUCCAAUCAUUUAAGGGUGAAGUUAAGGUUCAAUUGUCUGCAAAGAAAGUUUCUGCAUAUGGAACUUGGGGCGAUGAAGAAAAGCCAAGUAAGCAAACAACUUCUGCUGGAAAGAAAUCAUCCAGAGAAGUUUCUAGUAAUGGACUUCCUGGAAACUUGGUUAAGGUUUCCCUAAAUAGUAGAAGAUUGACAGAUGGAAAUGUGUCAUGGACUUCACUCCCUUCAUCUCUUGCAAAGCUUGGAAAGGAAGUUAUGAAGCACAGAGAUGCUGCACAGCUGGCAGCAAUAGAAGCUAUUCAAGAGGCUUCUGCUGCAGAGACCUUACUUAAAUGUCUAAGCAUGUAUUCUGAGUUAAGCACCUCUUCGAAGGAAGAUAACCCUCAGCCAGCAGUUGAACAGUUCUUGACUCUUCGUGCAAGCUUGAAUAAUGCUCGCAUGGUGGCUGAUUCUCUAUCAAAAUUUAUUCCAAGCGGUACCUCCCCAGAUCAUUCAGAAAGCCUAUCAGAAGAAGCAUUAAAGGCCAUGCAUGACAGGCGAAAACAUGCAGCUUUAUGGGUCCAAGCUGCAUUGGCAACUAAUCUGUCCCAUUUUUCUGUUUUCAGUAAAGGACCUUCCUUGAAUCAAGUUCCAGCUCCAACUCCCACUCAAAGUCAGAAGACCCUUCCAGUAAACCAACCAAUAUUAGUCCUAGAAAACUCUACCAAGAAUGCCUCAGCAAAAAUUCAAGGUAAAACCCGCCAAAUGGUAGGUUCUAAGCUUUCACAAGGAACUCCUCGUCGGCUAGGGGAUGUGUCAUCCAUCAGUCAGAAGCCGCAGGCCCAACCCCCGCCAGAGUGGAUUAGAGGAAAUGGGCUUGAUGAGGCAGUUGACUUGGCUGAAAUGUUGCAACUGCAGUCCCAGGAUUGGUUUUUGGAAUUCGUGGAGAAGUUCUUGGAUGCUGAUGUGGACGCCUCAGCCUUGUCGGAUAAUGGUCAAAUAGCAGGGAUGCUGACUCAGCUCAAGAGUGUGAAUGACUGGCUGGACGGAAUUGGAUCGAGCAAGGAUGAAGGAGAAGCACUGCAUAUUUCAGCAGAGACGACUGACAGGUUAAGGAAGAAGAUAUACGAGUAUCUCCUUACACAUGUAGAAUCAGCUGCUGCUGCACUUGGUGGUGGCUCACAAUUGUCACCUCAGUUCCAAACAACAGAAACAAAAGCUAGAAGGUGACUUAAUUUGUAAUUUUGUAUAUUGCACACAAAAAUGUGGUGUUUGCAAUUCACUGUGGUUCUACCCCACUGCACUUGUGCACAUUAAUUGCCAAUAGGCCCCACUAGUUCAGUAUAUUUAUUCGUGUAUAUAUCCUACUUGGGUUUGGGGUAUAGGAGGAGUAAUUAUAUCUUGACAGGAAAAGCAUUUGAUGAGAAGAGCAUGGAUUUUUGUAUCA